AUGGCGAGCAGAAGAAGCUACUCGUCUGGUUCAAGCGAAGAUGAUCAGGUCGGGGCCCUCACUGGGUGUCUAUCCAAACUACAAAUGAAAUCUAGUUCCAGCAAAGACUUCGAAAGUCAGGAAGGAUGGGUGCCCUUAGGUCUGGUCUUCGAGGAUCCGGAGCGUUCAACCCGGCUUCAUGCGGACGCCAAAGCAGCCUAUGAAGAUGACGGACUCUUCUUCGAUCCGUCCGAUUACCCCGAGGAGGAACGACUGGAACUGCUCCAGAAGUUUUUUGAAACUAGUGCCCCAUCAAAAACUAAACGGUCUGAUGGAAUUGGUUGGAUUACUGUACGAUCUCCAAGCUUUGUAGAUGAAGGACUGGGUGAUACAGAAGGACUCCAGGAUGCAUGGAAAGAAUUGACUGACUCAUCUGAUACAAUCGACUUCCAAACUGUCAAGAAACUGGCUCUGAAAUAUAGGUGCCUGAGCGGUAAUUGGCUUCUGUUUAUCCAGACCGGGACAGGAAUCGACGAGGCAUGGGAAAAAAUUGCCACGGCCACGGUAAAAGACAAGCUGGGCACGCACGCCAAAGUGACGCCGUUGGAAGACGUUGGUGAAGGCAAGGCGCUCCAUGGGCAAGAGCACGCCGUAAGUGUCUACACUAGAGACUUCACUGAUAAGGCUGAUGUGAUGAAGAUGGAAGGAAAACUACGUGAUCUUGGGUUGCGGGGUAGGAUGGCUUACAAGCCAAGGUUCUACUCAAUUAUUGGUGUGUAUGGACAGAAUAAAUGGAGACUGCGACCGGGUAUCUACUCGUCGCACUGGGAUGAAGUGAACAAUGAAGCGUCUGUAAGAGAUAACACCAUCAGCUACCAGACAAAGAAAGCUUAUAGAUAUUAGUGAAGAAAUAAAGUAUACUCAUCAAUUGUUUUAAAGUGUGUUUGACAAUUACCAAAAGUGU